UAGUGUAUAUAAAAUUACAAUCAUAUAAAUAUUAUCUUAAGACUAAGCAUAUAGAAUAUUGGGAUGAGAUUUGCCAGGGCCCUUUGCUAUCAUUUCAUAGUCACCUUUACACACCUUUCCAGGCAUCUUGCAUAAUUCCAUUAAUAAAGACAAGAUUAGGGUGUAGAAUACCUAUUGGUUGUGCUGAGACUUAGUGCACACAAUCUCUGCCAAGGUAGUACAGAGCUUUGACUUAUUGAUCUAUCUCAGUUAUAUAAUCAACUUGUACAACUUGUUUUUUGUACCAUGUUUGUUCCUCUUUGCAGAGAGUGAAUCAUUUAUAUCCAUUUACUCAGUGAUUUUAAAGAUAACAUGAGUGUUGUGCAUACAUAUAUAUAUAUAUAUUUUUGUUUUUCACGUCUUUAAUGUUUAGAACCUUGCUGGCUUAGCAGUAAAAACUACAUAAAAACAUGAUCUGGCACCUCAAACUCCAACUCCCACUGUCUCCUCCCACUUUCGCUCUGUUUUUAUAAAGCUCACGGUCGUCUGCUGCUCAUGUCUGUCUUGGAAUGAAUCUGUCACCAUGUGGACGACUCUUAUGAAGCUAGACUUGGCCUCUGUUGGCAUUGCUCUAUGUCUGGGCUUAAUUUCUGUAGUUCUGUUUGAGAUCUUCAGGAUGAAUUCCUACAGAUCUCAAACUCCUCCUGGUCCCAGACCUCUGCCUUUUGUGGGAACCAUACCAUAUUUGUUGAAGAACCCAAUGGAGUUCAUAAGAUCGUUAUCUCAGUAUGGAGAGAUGGCCACUGUGUAUCUUGGGAGAAAGCCAGCGAUAAUCCUCAAUACAGUCCAGCUCGUGAAAGAAGCCCUGGUCCAAAAUGCUUCAUCUUUUUCAGGAAGGCCAUAUAUACCACUUAUAUCCUGGAUCACUGGUGGAUUCGGUAUAAUAUUUGUCACCUUUGGUGACGCCUGGAGGCAACAGAGACGGUUUGCUCUUCACACGCUCAGGAACUUUGGUCUGGGAAAGAAGUCUGUCAAUGAACGCGUGACAGAGGAAAGCAGAUACCUGGUUCUUGAAAUGCUCAAAUCGGAAGGCAAGCCUUUCAACAUUCAACAUACAACACAGAAUGCCGUUUCCAACAUUAUCUGUUCCAUCGUGUUUGGGGAUCGUUUCGACUAUGAUGACAAGCGAUUUGCAUACCUUCUGAAAAUCCUGAAUGAAAACGUCUUUCUGACAGGGUCAGUUGUUGGACAGGUGUUUAACUUGCUUCCCAUCAUCAAAUAUUUCCCAGGGCCGCAACAGAAAGUCUAUCAGAGCGCUGAAGAGUUGAAGGCUUUCAUCAGGGAAGCGGUCCAAAAUCACAGAGAAACUCUGGAUCCAGACAGUCCACGGGACUUUAUUGAUGCCUACCUGCUAGAGAUUGAGAAACAGAAGUCCAACGAGGACUCCACAUUUCAUGAGGAUAACAUGGUAAUGUCAGUAGCUGAUUUGUUCCUGGCUGGAACCGACACCACAUCAACCGCCAUCAGAUGGGGCAUCCUCUUCUUGACUAAAAACCCAGAUGUACAAGAGCGAUGUCAUGAGGAGAUUGUUCAGGUUCUGGGUUACGACCGCUUACCCAGCAUGGAUGACCGAGACAAACUACCGUACACACAUGCCACGGUUCACGAGAUUCUGCGCUGUGCCAACAUUGUACCCUCUGGUUUGUUUCAUGAAACAACUCAGCCUACAAAACUAAGAGGAUAUGACAUUCCCAAGGGCACCCAGAUAUUAAUUAACUUAACAGCGAUUUUAACUGAGAAGGAGCACUGGAAGUUCCCAGACACUUUUAACCCAGAGAAUUUCUUAGAUGACAGUGGAAAUUUCUUCAAACCUGAGUCUUUCCUCGCUUUCUCCUUGGGUCCGAGGGUCUGUCUCGGCGAGACCCUAGCUAAGACGGAGCUGUUCCUCUUCAUCACUUCUCUCUUACAGCGGAUUCGUUUCUCCUGGCCACCUGGUGUGAAGUGGCCAGACAUGAAUGGGGUCGUCGGUGCAGUCCGCUCUCCAGAGCCGUUUGACAUCAUCUGCCACAGCAGAGGAUCCUAAGAGUACACUUUCCAAGUUUCCAUAGCUAUUAUAACUCAACUAAUGUUAAUAGUUUUAGCUCUGGCGAAAUUAUACUCUAGUUUAAUAGUAAUUUUUUUUUUUUUUAAAGUGACACAUAUGCUAUACUCGUUGUAAGAUACUGAAUCCGAUUUCACAAUAAAUUACUUUAGUGGUGU